AUGUCUUGUGGCGAUGUGAGUCUCGUUGAGCUUCAAGAUACCGUGCAAGAGUGCAAGUAUAGCAGAUGGAUUCCCGUGGACUGCACUCCGUGUGGAAAUAACUAUUAUGCGAAAGUGACCCGGUAUAGGGCGGUAUGCUGCCACCCAGGUGAGCCUCUUGAACCGUGUUUGGCGAGGUGUAAGCUACCGCCAAGAAGUGCCCAAGAAGAAAUAUACUGUGGACUUGUUUGUCCCAAUCUUCAUCCAACAACUACAACAACAACGUCAACGACGGUACCGACCACUCGAAUAAGCUCAACAACACCACCACCAACAACAACGCAAGCCGGCAACGCAAACUAUUUCAUCAACUGCUCCACAAACAACAACGAAAGUAACGAGAGCGCAGCCUGCAACACAGACUAUUUCAUCAGCUGCUCCAAAAACAACAACGAAAGUAACCACAACGCAGCCGUCAACACAAACUAUUUCAUCAACUGCUCCACAUACAACAUCGAAAGUAACGACAGCGCAGCCGGCAACGCAAACUAUUUCAUCAGCUGCUCCACAAACAACAACGAAAGUAACGAGAGCCCAGCCUGCAACACAGACUAUUUCAUCAGCUGCUCCACAAACAACAACGAAAGUAACCACAACGCAGCCGGCAACGCAAACUGUUUCAUCAGCUGCUCCACAAACAACAACGAAAGUAACCACAACGCAGCCGGCAACGCAAACUAUUUCAUCAGCUGCUCCACAAACAACAACGAAAGUAACGAGAGCGCAGCCUGCAACACAGACUAUUUCAUCAGCUGCUCCACAAACAACAUCGAAAGUAACGACGAUAAAGCCGAGCACGCAAACUCUUCGAACAGCCGCACCACCAACAACAUCGAAAGUAUCGACAAUGGAUCCAAUCACUCAGAACAUAUUGACUACCAUACCAACAACACGAGUAGCUGCGGACACGCCCAACUCACUUUUGACAAUGGCAUCGACAAAAAGACUGAGUUUGAGAUUUGA